CGCACUAGCACAGUGCACAGGGAGCAUGGUGAGCAGCGUCUACGUUGUCAAGUCAUCCAAAAACAUUGCAGACAUUGGAUAAAAAUAAAAUGUUUAACAUCUUCGGUUGUGAGUGAUGGAAACAAGUCGGCCUCAGCGACAAUUAUUUGAAUAAUUCAAUGGAUGAUUUGUGCACACGGGUGAUGACUAAAGUGUCUUAAAUCUCAAUGUGACUGUUUUUGGAAAUUGUAUUUCUUGGCCGGGCGUCAAUUAAACAGCAGUACCGAAGCAAAACUGUAGGAGCAGUCGAAACCGUCCUUUAGACCGGAACCCUGGCCCAUUGCUCGAGAUGCGCAUAUACUUCCUAUUUUUCUGAAGUUCUUGUUUUUAAAAUGGCGCCGUUAGACUUGGAUAAGUAUGUUGAGAUUGCAAGACAGUGCAAAUAUUUACCAGAAAACGACUUAAAGAGAUUAUGUGACUAUGUAUGUGAUUUGCUACUCGAGGAAUCAAAUGUUCAACCAGUAUCCACUCCAGUCACUGUUUGUGGAGACAUUCAUGGCCAGUUUUAUGACCUAUGUGAACUCUUCAGAACUGGCGGACAAGUUCCAGACACAAACUACAUUUUUAUGGGAGACUUUGUGGACAGGGGAUACUACAGCUUGGAGACAUUCACGUACCUGCUAGCCUUAAAAGCCAAGUGGCCGGACCGCAUCACGCUUCUACGAGGAAAUCACGAAAGCAGGCAGAUAACGCAGGUGUACGGCUUUUACGAUGAGUGCCAAACUAAAUAUGGGAAUGCAAAUGCGUGGCGAUACUGCACUAAAGUGUUUGACAUGCUAACAGUAGCGGCUUUGAUAGACGAGCAGGUCCUUUGUGUGCAUGGUGGUCUUUCACCUGACAUCAAGACCCUGGACCAGAUCCGAACAAUCGAGCGCAACCAAGAGAUUCCCCACAAGGGGGCCUUCUGUGACCUGGUGUGGUCGGACCCAGAGGAUGUGGACACCUGGGCCAUCAGUCCGCGAGGUGCAGGCUGGCUGUUUGGCGCCAAGGUCACUAAUGAGUUUGUUCACAUCAAUAAUCUGAAGCUGAUUUGCCGUGCACACCAGCUGGUCCACGAGGGCUACAAGUUCAUGUUUGACGAGAAGCUGGUGACGGUGUGGUCCGCGCCCAACUACUGUUACCGCUGUGGAAACAUUGCCUCCAUCAUGGUCUUCAAAGACGUGAACACCCGGGAGCCCAAGCUGUUCCGCGCCGUGCCCGACUCGGAGCGGGUCAUCCCUCCCAGAACAACAACACCUUAUUUCCUCUAAUCACAAGAGCCAUUUUGUUCACUCCAAAAAUAGCCCGUUGCCUCUUUCCCUCACCAAUUUCCCGUUUGCAGUCUUAAGGAAGUGGAUAGGUGUAACUAAGAAAUGACAAUACAAUCGCUUCACCUUGGUCUGGUCCAGAACUAACCAUAGCUCUUACCUCUUCAGUGUUUACAGAUCUGAAGGAAUGAGAUGUGUAUAAGCAACAUGAUGUAAGCUCCCCUAAGCCUCAUUGAAAGGUUGAGCUGUCACUAGUUUGUUUACAUCUGUCUCAUCCCUUUAGAUCUGCAAAAACCUAAGUGAUAGAUGCUUCUGGACUGAAACUUGUAAUACUUUUAGGGGAUCUAUCUAUAUUUCUUAAACCUAUCUGGUUUGUUGUCAUCUGCAACGGGUUAGUGGUUUUGGGACUGGGCUAUUGUCCCCACUGUCAACAAUCCCCUCCCACCCCCCCAAGCUUCUCCCAACGGGACUUGCAUUUCUCGAUCUGUUAUAUUGAACAUUUUCUUUCUUGAAAUAUCCCACCUCAGUCCUGCCUCAUUCCCUUGAUAGUAUUUGAUGUUGCCAAAUGCAUAUUUGUUUUUGUAGAUUAACAUUGUUGCAUUGGAUGAAUUGACUCAAUAGUACUGUUGGCCCUUCAUUUCAAUUGAAGCCCUAUCUCUAUACUUCACCCCAAUACUCCUGAUUUGAAUUUCUACUCCCUCAAAUUCUAUUUGAUGUGAGUAAAUGGCACACGCUGUUCCUAUUAAAUGUAAUUGUAGCCAACAGUGUAUUUGUAUGAAUGUUUUGCAACUUUGUGCACAUUCAACAGUCAUUCAUCUACUCUGCUUCUUUAUAGGGAUAUUAUCAUAGGCUGUCACGGAUUGAAUUCCUUGAAUUGCACUGUGUCUCAGAAUUCCAUGUUAACUAUUGAAUGGAAUUCAGUGAUGUGAGUUUUAUCGUUCCAACUGGGUCGAUAUUGCAAUUACGCUAAAGGCAUGUCAGACCUGAUACUAUGAACUCUCAGCUGUAAUCUAUAGAAGAAAACUGUUUUCUCCUCAUGCCGUACUAUCUUCACAGAUAUUAUUUCCACAGAAGACAGCAACAUAAGUAUGCUGCUGCUGUUUUUUAAACCAGAUCAGGGUGAUUGGGGGAGGGGAUACGUCUUGGGGACUGUGGGCGAUUAGGCUUUUGUACAUUGAAAUAAUUGUAUUGAUUAUUUCUCCUAUUUUUUUUCUGAUUUGUUGUAUAUUGUAGACCGCAAUCAACCUACCAAUUGAAAAUAAAAAGCCUUUAACUUAA